AAACUAGCCAAUAGGAUAGGGUCUUUUGGUUCCACUACUCCGUGACUCAACUUCGUCCAAUCACUACCUCUCCAACUUAAAAAAACCUCCCUACCCUCCAUAGAGCAAAAACAAAAGCACUAUCUUAACACAAUCCAUUAAAACAUGGCUUCUUUAACUAUCCUCAGCACCACCAAACCCUCCUCACUUCUCUCCUCCACUUCUCCUCAAGAAUUCAAAUUUCCCGCCAAAUCACAACGACCCUUUUCCUCAACUGUCAAAUUUCGGGCCCUGCCCUUCAAAGCCUGCGCUUUUCCCUCCAACAACAAUGAUAACGGUUCUGAUAAUCGAGAAACAGAUGAUUGCUUUUCAACUAGAAGGAGUUUAUUUGUCUGUAUAUCAACAUUGCCUUUUCUAUUUGGUUUGCAUGAAUUUCUGGAGGAUCUUAGCGCUAAAGCAUUGCAGUCGGAUACAAACACGUAUAUGCUCAUAAAGGAAGAAGUGAGGAAGGUAGUAUCCAAAGGCAAGGCUGCUGGUGUACUUCGUCUUGUUUUUCAUGAUGCAGGAACCUUUGAAAUGGAUGGGAAUUCAGGCGGGAUGAAUGGAUCAAUAGUUUAUGAACUUGAAAGGCCUGAAAAUGCUGGUUUAAAGAAAUCACUGAAGAUUCUUGACAAAGCAAAGGGUGAAGUGGAUGCAAUACAACAAGUAUCCUGGGCAGACAUGAUAGCUGUGGCGGGAGCAGAAGCAGUUUCAGUUUGUGGAGGUCCAACAAUACCUGUUCAGUUAGGCAGACUAGAUUCACUGGAGCCCGAUACUGAAGGCAAACUUCCUCGAGAAUCUUUGGAUGCACCUGGUUUGAAGCAGAACUUUAAAAGAAAAGGCUUAUCAACACAGGAACUUGUCGCGUUGUCUGGAGCGCAUACUCUUGGAAGUAAAGGAUUUGGAAGUCCGUUUGUUUUUGACAAUUCUUACUAUAAAAUUCUUCUAGAAAAGCCAUGGAAAUCUUCAGGUGGUAUGUCAAGCAUGAUUGGUCUUCCUUCAGAUCAUGCUCUUGUUGAGGAUGAUGAAUGUUUAAGAUGGAUCAAAAAGUAUGCUGACAAUCAGAACAUGUUCUUCAACGAUUUUAAGAACGCAUACAUCAAACUUGUCAAUUCUGGUGCAAGAUGGAAAAGCUUGUAAUUGUAUCAAGAGUUUUACUUUUGUUUACUUAUAUUCAUAACUGAGCCCUUGUAGCAUUCACCAAGAAAGAACACACACGAUACAUACACGAAACGGCUGCUUCAAUGGUUCAGUGCUCUUGGAUGUGGUGUAGUGGGGUAUAUUAUGCUUGAAACUUUUAGUUAGGGCAAGAGACAUAUGGGAGAUCUAACAGCUAGGUUGUCCAAAAAGCACGAAAAACCGAGUAAUUAAUAAAUAUAACAUGGAUGGUAGCCAGGUUGUUGAGAACA